GUAUGUGUCACAGCGCGAAGGUUGAGGUAGAAAGUAAUAAAAAUAUAACGCAAAAAUUGCAAUGAAACUUUUCCAAAGGAGGAAUUUACCAUGGUACUCGCUGAUAAUACUCGCCAUAUUCCUGUUCCACAUUUUCGGAGGAUUUUUCCGUCUCAUGGAAAAGAAGUUCAGCAAAGAUUUCAAUUAUCCUUACGACGUCAAACUCAAACAACUGGUCGAUAGAAUGAUGAUCGGAGAAAAAUACACACCGCUCAACGAAUUCCAGUAUAGCAUCGAUAGUUAUGGGCCUUACAUAUGCAAAAACCCGGCUAGAUUGUUGUUUCUCGUGAAAUCUGCGGCUAAAAAUUACCGCAGACGGAAUAUCAUAAGAAAGACUUGGGGAUCUCCCGUACAUUAUGAGAGUGUGAAGACGGUGUUCUUGGUAGGGGAGACCACCUCGAAAAGUGUGAACAUGAUGGUGGUCAGAGAGAACGAGAUACUGAAAGAUUUAGUUUUGGGCAACUACAUCGAUUCCUAUUAUAAUUUGACACUGAAAACCAUGACUGGUUUGAAAUGGGCCUCUGAAAUAUGCUCACAAAACGUAGAAUACUUCAUGUUUGUCGAUGACGACUACUACGUAUCCACGAAGAACAUAUUGAAGUUUUUAAACGAUCCUUACACCUACCCUGGGACAGAAUUCGACGUUAAAAACGUUACAAAUAUCGACACAGACGAGUUCUGUCUGUACACCGGAUUCGUAUACAAAAAAGAGAGACCCAUACGAAAAAUUUUCUGCAAGUGGUUCAUCCCCCUCAAAGAUUACCCCUAUGAUUUUUGGCCACCAUAUUCAACGGGUGGGGCGUAUAUUUUGAGCCGAAAAUCGUUGCGUAUGAUGAACUACGCCAGUUUGUUCACGAAACCAAUUCGAUUGGAGGAUGUUUACAUAGGUUUGCUAGCCUACAGACUGGGUAUACAGCCUGUAAGUAACAACGAGAAUUUUAAAAUGGAGGCCAAAUAUGAUUUUGAGGGGUAUAGACACGUUUUAGCCGCUCAUGGUUUCCAAGAACCGAGGAAGUUGUGGAUGGUUUGGAAGGAACAGAGUUUGGCAGACCAGAAUAGUUCGUUAGGUAGUUGAUUGGUUUUGUAUAUACUUCGAAAUGAAAGACUAUAUACAGCUAUGAUUAAGAGAAGAAGACGCUUAGGUAGUUCGCUAAUCCAAAUUUAUUCACGAUGAGUGAAAUACCAAGAUCACCAACGUGGUUUCUUGUUUGACUUGCCAAUUAUAACAGCGGUUGUAAUAAUGGAAGUAUUCGAUAGAAGACAAUGACAAAUUUUCUGUUAAUUAAUGAAUAAAUAAGAGCUGCCGGCUUACAGCCUACUUCGUAAUUAUAUUGAAUUUAUUGAU